GCUGCUCUUUGUUGCGAGUGUUUCACAUUCACCAACCAGGUACAUGUUGAGGAGUACAUCCUGAAACGCAAGACCAAAGUUCAUCAAUUGGCUGACUUACAAGCAAGAUACAAGCAGUGAGUCGUGUUUCUGACAGUUUCCCCAGGGUAACCUCAGCUGUCUCAAGAAUGAUGACAUUGACGUGGUUUGUUGGGAUCGUCUGUAUCCUGAUAGGUGGUAUGCAAAGCACCGGAGAAGCUAACUCCCUAGUACACAAUCGGGUCAGAAGACACGGGCAUCAUCACUUUCAUAACAAGGACCCGUGGAGUGGCCUCGAAGGGUCCUUGAAGCACGUAUCGGUCGGUCUGGCAGGAGUGUGGGGUGUCAACUGUAAGGACCAAAUCUACUAUAGAGAAGACACGUACGAAGACGAGGUGUUAGGCAGUGAUUGGGUUGAGAUUGAAGGGAAACUUGUUCAAGUCGAUGUUGGGGAUGAUGUUGUAUGGGGUGUGAACAGUUGUCAAAACAUUUACUAUCGGGAGGGUAUCUUGGGACGGAACCCCACGGGUAAUGAUUGGAUCCUCGUAGAGGGAAAAUUGAAACACGUCAGCGUCAGUCAACGUGGGCAUGUUUGGGGCGUUAACAAACACGAUGAUAUCUACCAUCGAAUUGGGGCCAGCUUUUGGAAUCCUGGCGGGGACAGCUGGAACAAAAUUUGCGGUAAAUUGAAGCAAAUCUCAGUUGGUGAGGCGGGGGUGUGGGGCGUUAACUCAGCCCAUAACAUAUACUAUAGGGAUGGGACUUUUGGAGAUCCAGAGUCGGACCCAAACGGUACUGGCUGGACACAAGUAGGCGGUCAGCUGAAUUACAUUAGCUCAGCUGAGAAUGUGUACGGAGUGAACUGUAACGGUUGUGUGUUCAAACGUGUAGGCCGGUGUUCUACCAACCCAGUUGGUACAACAUGGGAAUCUCACCAGGGAUCCCUGAAACAGAUUGAAUCCUUUUCAUUAAUGGUGUGGGGAACCAACAAGCAUAACAAUGUUUACGAGAAGGAUCAAGAAUGAGGAGGGAGGACAAUGGGCUACUUUGGAACGCUAGGUGGCAGCAGAUUUACCGGAUAACUUUCCAUU